AUGACUAAAAGAAAAACACGUACCACGAAUACCAACGACGAUGAUAUAGAUUUAUGUGGAGCUGGUUUGUCAUCGAGCAAACGAGAACGAAGCAAGAAAACAUGUGUAAAUAAGUUAUUAUUUGAACAAAAAACUGUUGUAAAUAAUCCUGAUGUUGAUGAGCCAACAUUUACAACAUUGACACCUGUUCCACUUGAUCAACACAUGAACAUUAAUGAUCAAGAAAAUACACCACCACCAUUAAUUAUUGAUGUUGUUAAAGAAACAUGUCCUUCACAAUCGAUUAUGUCUGAUCAUUUUCCACGAAGUGAACCUAUUGGGAGACAUUUACCAUGUCAUACAACAAAUGCUAUUCAUACAACAUCGAAUUAUUUAGCAAAUAAUUCAACACGUUUUAUAUCUUAUGAAAAUCGUUCUGUUAAUAUUGAUCAGUCGAAUAAAGAACGUCCACCUGAAGGAAAUCCAACACCUAUUGUCGAUCGUUUGACCGAAGGUCAAUAUUCUUCAAAUAUUCGUUCACAAUCUUCAACUCCUGGAAUUGUUGUUUCAGUCGAUCGGCGUGGACAAAAUUCAAAUGAAGAUUUCAAUCAUAAUUAUCGAACCUCAACACCUAUUCGACUAUCUCGUCGUGAUCAAAUUAAUAUUAGUUUACAUAAUGAUAACAAUGAUUCAUUUUCUAUUGAUUCUAUCCCGAAAGAAACUUACGAUAUUUUAUCAAGAUUUCCUGAAUUUCGACGAUUAGUUAAAACUUAUUACCAGGAGAAAAAGCUUGUUAGCGCAGCUCCUUCGGAGCUGAAAUGUGGAACUCACGUAUAUCCUUCUACCUUGCUAUCCUAA